AUGGGAAAUGGAAAAUCGUUUGCCGGAUAUUUCUCCUUCUUCAAUGGUCAUCAUCACAUACCCAAUAACCAACUCCUGUUGUUAUACUCAGAACAAGGCGGUGACUUCUCUGGCAAACUCAAGUUGGUCGAUAUUGGAAGUGGAGGUGUAGAAACAGACAAUACUGAAACCGCCAGCAAAGAAAAUGGUCCGCUCAGGAUUAUAUAUGCAAAUACAAAGUUCGACGGCAGAGAGAUUCUGGUGCGGUAUACUUUGGUCCGUAAAGUCACCGUCGGCAAAGAAGUCGGCGACCAAAUCAGGAAUUACAUAUUGGCGGACUCUAAUCCUACGGCUACGAUCGUUUCAAGGGAACCGUGGUCAAUGUCAGGCCAUGGCCCAGCCCCGGCUCUAUCAUUUUGA